AAAAGCUAAAGGCUGGCACAGUUGGGCAGAGGCCUGGCGGGUAUGUUGCUUGCCAUAAGACCUUUACUGGAUUGGGUGCCCGGGAAAACUGAAAUAGCAGAGAAAGUUAAGGAGAAAGUAAGAAGAGGUGGAGAUGGCUGUUUGGGCGUUGGGUGCUGGGAAGAGCCGUCCUCUCCCCUUUCUACUGUUGUUGCUGUCCACGGUAGCGAUGCCCUGGAUCCAGGCUAGACCGCCCUGGACCCCGACGUCCUGCCCACCUACCUGCGAGCUGACCCGCUGUCCUCCACUUCCAGACUGCCCCAUGGGGGCAUCCCCGCAGCCGGACCGUUGUAACUGCUGCCUGGUGUGCGCUGCCGGGGAAGGAGAAAUGUGCGGGGUUCCCUGGAGCCGGCCCUGCGCCCCGGGGCUGCGCUGUCGCGUGACCCGGACCCUCAAGAACCGGGGUCAGCUCGGAAUCUGCGUCUGCGGGGCUUCCGAGGUCCCGGUCUGUGGCAACGACGGCCGCUCUUACCAGAGUCUCUGCGCGCUCCGAGCAGAGAACCGAGUCGCCCGCCUCCGAGGCGGUCUUCAAGCGGUGCCCGUGGAGAAGGGAAAUUGUGGCAACCCAGGGACCAGAAGCCCAGACAGUCUCAGGGACCAAUAUAACUUCAUCGUUGAGGUGGUGGAGAAGGUGGCGCCAUCUGUGGUACACUUGGAGCUCUUCCGCAGGUCCCCUUUAGGCAGCGAGUACACCCAUGCAUCCAGUGGCUCAGGCUUCAUAGUUUCGGAGGACGGGCUUAUUGUUACCAACGCUCAUGUCCUCACUAACCGGCAGCGGAUCAACGUGGAACUCCAGAAUGGAGCUAAAUACGAAGCGACUGUGAAAGACGUGGACCAAAAAACUGACCUUGCUCUCAUCAAGAUUGAGCCAGAGACUGAUCUUCCUGUUUUGUUCUUGGGACGAUCAUCCAACUUGCAAGCAGGGGAAUUUGUGGUGGCCCUAGGCAGCCCGUUCUCCCUUCAGAAUACAGUGACUGCAGGAAUUGUCAGCACCACUCAACGAGGAGGCAAGGAACUGGGCCUAAAGGACUCAGAUAUGGACUACAUCCAGACGGAUGCCAUCAUCAAUCAUGGGAAUUCUGGGGGGCCCCUGCUGAAUUUGGAUGGUGAAGUUAUUGGUAUAAACACCCUAAAGGUGACAGCAGGAAUUUCCUUUGCUAUUCCUUCUGAUCGAAUUAGACAAUUCUUGGCAGAAUUUUAUCAGCGACAGUUAAAAGGAAAGGUUCUUUCCCAGAAGAAAUAUUUAGGCCUCCGGAUGUUGCCUCUUUCCAUGAGCCUUCUCCAGGAAAUGAAGAAUCAGGAUCCAGAUUUCCCUGAAGUGAGUUCUGGGGUCUUCGUAUAUGAAGUGAUUCAAGGAACUCCUGCUGCAAGCUCUGGGAUGCGAAACCAUGAUGUGAUUACCAGCAUAAAUGGACAACCUGUCACUUCCAUCACAGAUGUCAUUGAAGCUGUGAAAGAGAGUGACUCUAUUUCCUUAGUGGUUCGUCGGAGAAAUGAGGAUGUGGUCCUGACGAUCAUCCCUGAAAUAAUUAAUUAAACAGAGCUCCCAUUUAGAGACAAAUUUAUCUAGCAAAACUGGAUUUAUGUUACUUGGUUCAUAUUGAAGAUGGUCCAAAGAUUUGGGGGUCUUCCUUAAAAAUAAAUUCUUUUGAUCAUUCCAUAUAGAGUUCUGUUUAGGUAUACAUUUAUUUUCUAAUAAUAAUUCACAUCCCUAUCGGGCUUUAAGGUUUACAAAAUGCUUCUCUCAUAAUCACCUUAUGAAGUUAUAAGAGAAAGGGAUAAGGACUGGAUCUGUGGUUUCACUGGUAUAGGGAAUUUUCAGGUGAAGAAUACUCUAUCAAUGUAGGUCAGUACUUUCGCUGAAACUGAAAGGGAAUAAAAGUACUUUUAUUUCCAUUUUACAAAUCAGGAAAUGGGCACAUAAAAAUAAAGAAAUCACAAAAUCUCUUGGUUGGAAAUGACCUUGGAAGUCAUCUAAUAAGUGACUGAGAAUGUCCUCUCCACCAUCCUCAACAAUUGGUUAUACAGUCUCUGCUUAAAGACCCCCAGUGACAGGGAAAUGAUUAUCUCUUGAGGCAGUCAAUUUUAGGGAAUUCUCAUUGUCACCCAAUAAGUAUUUGAGGAUGCCAAAAGACACACUAUCUGUUAAUGGAGCACAUUUUGAAUCUAGAUUAUUUAGGGAAUUUAAAAAGAAAUUAAACCAAAUGUGACAGGGAAGUUUUAUAUUUUGCUAUUAAAGGAAGUCUAAGCCAGAGACCCCUGACCUUUUUGUGAGAAACCAUUUUUCAUUUUUCCAAAGCCUGGAAAUCCCUGAAGUGGGAUAGUUAGUAAAGGCCCUAAAUGGGGUUGGUGGAAGGGGGACCCACUGCUAGGCAAAUUUGUUUGAUUCAUGAGCAUUCAACAAAACAGAAAAGAAAGGGGUAUUUUGGUGGCAAUUUAGUUAUAUCAGGCAAGCUUCUUUGGUACAGGGGCCUCUCCUUUAAUACAAUCAUCAUCAUUACCUUUGGUGUUCACCAUCAAACUUUGUUGCUUAAUUCAUAGGCUCAGAAGAUUUAGAUUUGGAAAAGGGCAUUGCACUAGUUUGUUGCUCUCAUUUUACAGAUGAGGAAAUUGAGACCUACAGAAGGAAAUGACUUGCCCAAGAUUGCAUAGACAGGAAACAGCAGAGCCAGAUCCAAACCUAUGUCCUUUUUUCCCUAAAUUUCUAGGUGGUUGUAAAGUUAAAUUAUGAUCUAUGUAGAAUGCUUUGUAAACCUUAAAAAGCUAAAUAAAUGCUAAAAUUAUUACUAUUAAACACAGGAAAGGUAAAAAAUUUUUAACCUUUAAAUUCAAUUGUAAUUCAAAACACAAUGACAACAUUAUUAAGAGGAAAGGAUUGCCUCCAGUUUUGGGGGAAUAAGAAAACUGGUGGCUUUAAUCUAGAGGAAGACUUUUAAGAACUAUUGUUUACAUUGACAUGAUAUCUAUGAAAGGGUACAGGUUAAAAAACUCAAACCAAAACAUUAAUCUAGAAGAAUAUAGGAUUGUGCAGUGGGAAAAGAUCUUUGAGAUUUAAUUCAAAUCCCUCAUUUCUCAGAUGAAGAAAUCGGAUUUGUGGUUUGCCCAAAGUUACACAGUUAGCGUUGGAACAUGUCUCCUCUAGCGGUGUGCUUAGUAAAUGUUUAAAAACCAGCUCAAGGGAGGAGAAAUGUAUGCAUGACACACUUAAGUUUAUUUGCAUUAUUAACACUUUCUUCAUGGUUUUCUUAAUUCUAGAUAAUCAACAAAACAAUCAAUCAAGCCCUGAUUUGUAGUUUUUGCUAAUCUCAAAAGUGUAAAUGCUCACGCUGAAAAUUUAAGUUGGCUUGUCAAAGGAGGUUCAAAUUGGCUUCCUUUUCUUUAUAUCCAAUUCACCACUUUUUCUACUGUGUCAUUCUAUGACCUCCAAGGUUCUUUCUGGUUUUAAAAUUCCACAAUUCUGAAUUGGGUUUCCUCUUUCUCCUCAAUAUUCAAAAUACAAUGUAAGCCCCUUGAGGGUAAGAAUUGUUUUGUUUGUAGGCCGAGCAUAUUGCCCGAACAGUUUAGGUGCUUAAUAAAUGUUUGUUGGAUGAAUGAAAAUUCUUAGGACAGCAACCUGUUUUUCACUUCUAGUAAAUGAAGACUCUCAACCUGUAACUUUCCUACUCAUAAAUUUUCACUUCAGUUAUUUAUGUGAAAACCCGUAUAUGAGCAGUGAUUCUUCUAUUCAUUAUUAGGGACAGAAUUUUAGAGGAGAAAAUCUCUGCCAAGAGAAAUGUCUGAUCUCAGAUACAUCACUCAGACAUCUCUUUAAAAACAAAAAUUUAAUGAAAUCAUCUGUACACAGUAGGUGACACUCUGAGGGCUCUGAACAGCAGUUUAGCAUUUUGAAAGCUUGUUUCUUAUAACACAACUAGAGGCUUCAUUUUCCUUGUUCAAAUGACAAUAUACUUGUAUAGUUUCUCUGUUUGGCCAAAUGUUUUAUGGAACAUAAGAAUUAAGUCAGAGUUUCAGUAUUCAUUAAGAGAUACUUUGGUUUCCACCUUUUGCUGAAGCCAGAUUUUCAAUGGUUGGUUUCAUCUCAGGUACUUCUAGGGCAGGGAGCAUGACGGGCCAGGCACAUCCUAAAAAUGCUCAUUCUUUCAUGAUGUUUCAAUAUAUGUUCCAAAAGACUGAAGGUAUAGUACUGUUGAGGGAAGGCAUGCAAAAAGGUAUAGAAAUCCUCUUGCUGCAUAUGUCGGAACAAGCAUACUUAUACCUUCUUUUCUGUUGACAAAAAGUUGAUUUUUCAGAGCAUUGUUUAUAUAUAGUCCAACAACACUGCCCCAGCAGAUUCUCUUCCAAAAAAUGUAAAAUAACAACUUAAGUCUGAGACGGUGGAAGAAAUUGCUAUUUGUAGAGACAGGGCCAAGAGAAAAGGUCAUUCGCUUUCCAAGGCCACACCAACUCUCAAUAAGUCUAGGUCUCUUCAGUAAACAGUACACCAAUUGCUGCCAUCACUAGGCAUCAGCCUUCCAGUAAUAAGCAAAAUAAGGUCCACAAACCACCAGAUUCCAAGUCCUCCAAGGGUCAGCAAUUUCCCUACUGCUGUACCCGUAUGUCCCAGACAGAAGCGAUCAACUCCAAAACAUCCCAGGAAGAAAGAGUAGAGCAAAGUGGUUAUGAAGUAGUGUCCAGUAUACCUAGAAAAAAGAAAGGUUCUUUACUAGAUGAAAGUUAAAAUGCUUAUAGCCUAAAUUAAAUGAUAGAAAGGUAGUGUUAUAAUAUAAUAAUUAACUUUGGUUCCCUCUGGUGGAGGCCAGAGAAAUUAUUUCUAAGUUCUAAAAUAAACUCUACCCAUUAUGGUAUUAUGAAAUAUUAAUUUAAAUAGUUAUUGGCUUCUGUCAAAUUGAAAUGCAUGGGUAAUUAUGGAUGUAGGGCUUUCUAUAAAUCAGGGCUCUUUUUGGUCAUACAUUAAUCCAAUUCCUCUAAGGCCUCUGAAUUACUGUUUUUUCUUCAAGUAAUUCUGAUAAUAACUGCUGGAACAUGUUCAUUUACAGGGUCUUCUCUCUCUAUAAUAUGAUGUUAUGCCACUAACUGCCUAGUUUUAUUAUAACUGUUCACAGAUUAAAUAAAUUAAUUUAUUAUCUUUGUUAGCCUGCAGAAUGAGUUUAUACUCUGAGACCUCAAGCCCAUGUUUUCUGUUAAAUUAUAAAAUAAAAUGAGCUUCAAUGGAGAGGACCCUGCUUCUUUAUGAGGUUCCUUCUGUGCUACAGGGACUAUUUGAAUAAGAUUUAUGACUAUAAACUCCUAUAGUUGGAUGGGGUCUUAGUCACCUAGUAUACACCCCUUAUUUUACAUCAGAGGAAAGUCAGGCUCAGAGAGGAAGAAUGGCUAAUCCUAGCUGCUCAGAGUUCAUAGAUUUGGAGGAUAUUCUUCAGAAAUCAUCUAGUUUGGCCUAAAUGAGGAAGGAAGCUGAAGCAGUGACAUCCCCAAGGUCCCAGAGAGCAAGAAGAAACACCUAAGGUCUCUAACUUCAAAUUUCAUGUUCUCUGUACUUACAUAGUUAGUGACAGAGCCAGGACUCUUCAAUCCCUAGAGAUCUUUUCUCACUCCACUAUAUUGUUCCAGGUUGGGUUGUGUACCAAAAUAACUACAUUUAACCUUCAAAACUCAAGUUAAUAGAAGAGUCAUGUUAAGCAAUGACAAACUAAAAGCAAAGAAAACUCAAACUAAUAACCUUUCAAAGUAACACUCACUUUAUACAUGGUUUAUUCUCUCGUAAGAAGCUCCUAGAGCCAGCACAUUCAAUUCCAUUCAGGGCGUAGCACUGCACUGAAGUAUGUUCCACAUCCUUGUAGGCUUGGCCACCAAACUAAGAAACCAAAAAUAACUUAUCAAACUUUAAAAUAGUAAUUUACUAUACUGGGAAGCAAGAUGCUAACUCAAUCCCCAAUUUCUUACAGGUCUAUCCUAUAUGCCCCGUAUUUUUUAUUGUUUUCAAUAAAUUAGCUUUUCAAUGUUGCUGAAAGAAUUAUGUAUUAACUUCUUCAGUAAUACACAGAAAGCAGAAGAAACCAUAUAGAUAAAUGUUGUUUAUUUAAUGUAUUGGUAAAUAUGAUUAAUAGUAAAUAUUUAUAGAAAAAUUAAUAGACUAAGGAGUUUUUAUGAAUUUUCCAUUUUAAAACAAUGUAUUUAUGAUAUCCAUAUUUUACAUAAAGACAUAUGAAAUCAUGGAAAAAUGGAGCUGUAUGGAUUUCAAGGGAUCAUCUGAUCCAAGGCCUUGUCUUUAAGUACAUGAAUUUAUGUCUGUUGAACUGUCAAUUUUCUAUCAGUUCUAGGAAUCAAAUUCAAGAAUUAUUUAUAAAAGUACCUAAUAUAUGGAUGGCAAUGUGAUAGAUGCUGUGAAUACAAAGAAAGAACCAAAAGUUUCUUCUCUCUAGUGACUUGAAGUCUGUUGGAAGGGUUCAACAUGUACACAAAUUAACAGAGUUGAUUUGAUUUAUUAGUAUUUCCAAGGAAUAUAAACAGUGCAUUAAGUAAGGUUGACAAUCUAAAAGUCUUAUUCCUUAUCCUUCUUGAAUUCUCUAUAAUACUGGACACUGUCGACUACCCCUUUUCUCUUGGAGACUUUUCCUUCUCUAAGUCUUCCUGACCCUGUUUUUCUCCUCUCUGGCUGCUUAUACCUUUUUGAUUACCUUUCAGAUUCAGCAUUUAAGAUGACACUAACUCAAGGUUAAAAACCUUUAUAAUUAGAAAAAAAAUUCAUUGUAAUGAACCAAUUCCAAAACUUGGUGGGUUGGUCUCAUUGUAUUGUACCUUCAGUUUUUAACAUAUGACAGGUUCUUACACAAGAAUGAAUGACUAAAAUGGUUCUUCCUAAAAGUAAUUUAGCAUUAUAAAUACAUUAAAAAUCUCAUCCAUAGAAUGGUGAUUUAUUGUGAUGAAAAAUAACCUUUGCAAAGUCCUUCUAUAGUGACUCAAUACAAUGUGGAAGUGUUCUUGGGUUCUCUAAGCAUAAUCUUUGGCAGGUUUUAUGAUGUUCAAAAUGCUUCUAGUAAGGAUUGGGAAUGGAUUAAGUCUGCUUUAGAAAGAUUGAUCUAGCUAACUAUGGAAAGGAACAUCACCAGAAAGCUAGUGAACAUUUUGGGUCAUGGCGACGCAUGAAACAAAAUUAAAUAUCUUUAGUCCUGUAAAGUCCUGUAAAGACCCCACCAUUUCCACAAAGAUGGUGGGAAGAACUGUGAUAAAAAAGAUGGAGGACACAGUUCUUAGAUCUCAAUAAAUUUUGACUGUUGGUAAUCUAA